GGCUAACAACAGACAAAAAAUCGACCUACGAGGUCAUUUCCUGUCGAUUUUGACGUAUUUCCUUUCGACGAAUCGAGUUGAAAGUUUUUGUACAAUACCCGUAGAACGGCGAGUUUAUCAUAGCUGUACUCAACUCACGUACCUGUAUAUUCGGUUUUUGGUUUCGUGACCAUGGCAAAAGAAACCCCAGGACUCUGCUAAACUCAAAAUGCCUGUGGAGGAGAAGAGAGACAAGGCACAGACAUCUACAGUGAAUAGGGAGAAUGAAGAAAAAGAUUUAUCCAGAUUGUUAGACCUGCUAAACACCCCAGCCAGCAAACAACAGCUUCCUUCCAUCUCUUGGAUCCCAGAUGAAAAUCAGAACACCACAGGUAAUCCAUGGGCUGGGCAGGCAAAUGGAGUGUUACCCCAUCAACACCAGUCAACUGAAGCUCUUGCUUUGGAGAAAUUCAGCUCCAGGUACCAGGGAGUCAGGAAUUUCAGUUCACAUGCCCUCAGCAGUUACUUCAGCCAGAUUUUCACAGCCCUUGUAAAGCAGCGAGUUUGCUACCUGGAGUGGAUUGAACGAGUUCCUCCAGAAAAUAUUCUGAGAGUGCUAAUAUGCCUCAGAAUGCUCAUGAGGGACCACACAUUUCAGGUUGAAUUUUUCAAUCUAGGUGGUGUGAAAGUCCUUGCAGAGAGGCUACAACUAUUGACUGAAAGUUAUCUUGAGAAUGGAGAAGAGCCAUUUACUGUUGACAUUCUGAAAGAAAUGACAAACAUUUGUCAGAAACUUGCUGCAGAUGUUAAGCAGAGGGAGUGGCUUGUGGCAUGUUGUACUCAUAAGGCUCUUGUUCUUCUGUUAUCUGCUAGUGAUGUGAUGGUUCUUCAUUGUUCCUUGUACGCCCUGAUUGGUUUGGCUCAAAGUGAGAGACCACGAGCUCUGAUUGGUGAAUUGAAUUGCACAGAGAUUCUAUUAAGAAUAUUACAGGAAUAUGACAUCCUUUCUAAAACUCUGGCAGCUGGUCUUCUGAGAAUACUGUGUGCUGACAGCAGUAUCAGAGAGCAGGUUAAGGUCUUUGAUGGAAUCCCAAUUUGUCUGAGCUUGCUACAUUGUGAAAAUCUCAAGCUUCUGUGGAACGUGGUAUGGAUUAUUGUACAACUGGCUGAAGAUAGUGACUCAAGCAAUGACAUCAGAGUUCUUGGUGGAAUUCCUUUACUUCUGGCACUUCUUCAAGAUCGGAAGCCAGAGUCAAGUGCUGAAGUAUUAUAUCUGGGCUCUGAUACAACUUCAAAAGCAUCAAUCAGUGCAGAGCAGACUGAGGCUGAUUCUGGAGAAGAUACCAUGCCUUUGAAAAUUGCUGUGUGCUCUGCCCUGACUGAGCUUGUUGUCAAUGACACUAAUGGACAGCAAAUUGUGCAGUCAAACGGUAUUUACUUGCUGGGAUUACUUAUUCUGCCCCAAGAAAUGUCUUCUUCUGAGGAAGCCGCAACUGUAGAACACCUUCAGAAAAGCGCAUUCAGGGCUUUGAGAUUCUUGUUUAGUAUGGAGCGAAAUCGUCAACUCUUCAAGAGAUUGUUUCCCCCAGACCUUUUCGAGAAAUUUAUUGAUGUCGGUCAUUACGUCAGGGAAUUAAAUGCCUACAAGUGCCUGGUUGACAAAAUUUCCACUUUGACGGAGGAGGACAUUUCAGUGAUUAAAACCAAUAUUCAAGCCACCAAUCAGAACAAGGCUCCUAGUCAUUCCAUCGGUUCAUACGAGGUACUUGAACUUCUGGGAUCUGGUGCAUUUGGAAGUGUCUUUAAAGUUAGAAAGAAGAAUGCUGGUCAGAGCUUUCUCGCCAUGAAAGAGAUGUCAGUUCAUAAUCCUGCUCUUGGAAAGACGGCUAAAGAUAGAGGAAAGAGUGUUGGUGAAAUUGUUAAUGAAACAGCUAUCAUGAAAGAACAGCUAAGACACCCAAAUGUUGUCAAGUACCACAAAGCUUUUCAAGAAAAGGACAAACUCUUCGUCAUAAUGGAAUUAGUCGAGGGCGCUCCUCUUGGCGAGCAUUUUAAUUCCUUGAAAGAAAAAGGGACCAAGUUUUCAGAGGAGAGAAUAUGGCAUAUCUUUAUACAGAUUGUUUUAGGACUUCGUUACAUUCACAAAGAAAAACACAUCGUCCACAGGGAUCUUACGCCAAACAACAUCAUGCUGGGGGAAAAUGAUAAAGUCACUAUAACUGAUUUCGGUUUAGCCAAGCAGAAGAAUCCUGAUGCAAGUAAAAUGACGUCGGUGGUUGGUACAAUAUUAUAUUCAUGUCCUGAGGUUGUGCAAAGCAAGCCUUACGGUGAAAAGGCGGACGUGUGGGCCUCAGGCUGUAUUUUGUAUCAAAUGGCAACUCUGCAACCUCCAUUUUACUCGUCAAACAUGUUAGCAUUAGCAAAAAAUAUUGUAGAAGCUAAGUACAAGCCCAUACCUCCAGGAGAGUACUCGGACAAGCUGUCCGAGACUGUGACCAGGUGUCUAACACCCAAUCCUGAUGAAAGACCAGAUAUAAUUCAGGUUGCUGCCAUUAUCAGCGAAAUAAUGCUGGUGUAUGUGGACAAGUUGCGGUCCAAUGAGAUCAGCCUGGAAAAGAAACUGGAACGAGAAAGAAAAAGAACCCAGAGGCAUUAUAUCGAGGCAAAUCGUAAUAUGCAGAACUACCAUCGCCUUUUCUGGGCCUCACAAGAACGCUAUGACAAGCUGGUGAACCUGUCAAGUAGUGGAGGAGCCGCUGGCCUCAGGAACGUUGACGUCCCUGAAGGUUCUGACACCGUCUUUGAGGCAGCGAGUGCCCUAGCAGAGUUCAACAAGAAUGGCGUUCAUAAAAACGGCGAAACAGAGUUUGCGAACCAAGUGGAUUCUGGAAUUGACAUUGGAGGAGAAGCUCAAGCCAACGGAGUCCUGGGUUCCAGUAUCAGAUCACCUGAACAAAAUGGUGGUACUAAACCUGAAAGUAGCUCGUCGCCAGGCUCAACGCGGCGGCAAAGGACUCUUAAGCCAGUUAUUACUGAUAAAUCUAGUUACAAAGGGAAUACUGAAAAAUCGUCCUCUUUAAACAAAGACAAAGAUAAGCCGUUAUCGGGCGGUAGGGUAGGAAUAGAAAAAUUGUCCAACAGUAGGACUAUCGUUGAGAAACCAGGCGCCAGUUCUUCCGCCACUAAUUCUCAUGUUUUUGCGGUACCGAAGCCCCCGGGACCACGGAAAGGCGCGAGGAGACAACUUCAUAUUGAUUUCGCGGCCGGCAGCAAGGCUUCCCCGUCAAAUGGUUCGAGUACUAUAACAACAACACCUGUUGGCGGAAAUUCAUCUGGGAUUCCUACUCCUGGGAUAAGUGAAUUUUCAUCGAGAAGGACACACAGCAGCUCAUCUGUGGAAACGUAUAGAAGACAGAGUAGUGGACAGUUGAAGGCACGACCUCCUACUGCCGCAGCCACUCUCAGCAUUUCUCCUCGCAAAGUGCGUCAAAUAAACGAUCCCAUCUCCCAGAUUCUCAACCAACUCCACAAGAUCAUCUUCAUAACGCAGUUGCCACCUACAUUAUCACCAAACCCACAGAGAAGAAUAGUCGAGCAGUUCAAGAGAGCUCUGUUUGCUCCUCAAAACAGCUCCUUCGUCAAUCUUAAAAGCGAGGUCAAGAAGGUGAUUGAAGGGUCUAGAGAAGUUAUUGACCUGAAGUUCAGGUUUGGAGAUCCAGCAUUCCUGCAUCACCAGCUAGAUACCGCUGACAAGUUAGUGAGUGGAGUUAACCUUGAAUCAGGCGACGCCCAAGAAAUUGGCAUAACGUACGAGAUGAUGCAGAAUAUAAUCGAAAACGUUCUCAUGGAGAGUGGCUAUUAUGACAUGUCUCCUUGUGCAAGAAACCGAACGGUUCCUCUGGGUCCUAUUGGCACGGUGCCGGCAUCUGGUGUCAACUUAGGCCCCUCCAAGAGGGGUGGAACUUCCUAGUGUCGUA